AUGGACCCAUGCGUGGAGUGGGCAAGGGCCAAAGCUUGUGGACAGACGGUGCAGCUCGAACAGCAACAACACAUCAGAGGCAGCAACAACACAUCAGAGGCAGCAACAACACAUCAGAGGCAGCAACAACACAUCAGAGGCAGCAACAACACAUCAGAGGCAGCAACAACACAUCAGAGGCAGCAACAACACAUCAGAGGCAGCAACAACACAUCAGAGGCAGCAACAACACAUCAGAGGCAGCAACAACACAUCAGAGGCAGCAACAACACAUCAGAGGCAGCAACAACACAUCAGAGGCAGCAACAACACAUCAGAGGCAGCAACAACACAUCAGAGGCAGCAACAACACAUCAGAGGCAGCAACAACACAUCAGAGGCAGCAACAACACAUCAGAGGCAGCAACAACACAUCAGAGGCAGCAACAACACAUCAGAGGCAGCAACAACACAUCAGAGGCAGCAACAACACAUCAGAGGCAGCAACAACACAUCAGAGGCAGCAACAACACAUCAGAGGCAGCAACAACACAUCAGAGGCAGCAACAACACAUCAGAGGCAGCAACAACACAUCAGAGGCAGCAACAACACAUCAGAGGCAGCAACAACACAUCAGAGGCAGCAACAACACAUCAGAGGCAGCAACAACACAUCAGAGGCAGCAACAACACAUCAGAGGCAGCAACAACACAUCAGAGGCAGCAACAACACAUCAGAGGCAGCAACAACACAUCAGAGGCAGCAACAACACAUCAGAGGCAGCAACAACACAUCAGAGGCAGCAACAACACAUCAGAGGCAGCAACAACACAUCAGAGGCAGCAACAACACAUCAGAGGCAGCAACAACACAUCAGAGGCAGCAACAACACAUCAGAGGCAGCAACAACACAUCAGAGGCAGCAACAACACAUCAGAGGCAGCAACAACACAUCAGAGGCAGCAACAACACAUCAGAGGCAGCAACAACACAUCAGAGGCAGCAACAACACAUCAGAGGCAGCAACAACACAUCAGAGGCAGCAACAACACAUCAGAGGCAGCAACAACACAUCAGAGGCAGCAACAACACAUCAGAGGCAGCAACAACACAUCAGAGGCAGCAACAACACAUCAGAGGCAGCAACAACACAUCAGAGGCAGCAACAACACAUCAGAGGCAGCAACAACACAUCAGAGGCAGCAACAACACAUCAGAGGCAGCAACAACACAUCAGAGGCAGCAACAACACAUCAGAGGCAGCAACAACACAUCAGAGGCAGCAACAACACAUCAGAGGCAGCAACAACACAUCAGAGGCAGCAACAACACAUCAGAGGCAGCAACAACACAUCAGAGGCAGCAACAACACAUCAGAGGCAGCAACAACACAUCAGAGGCAGCAACAACACAUCAGAGGCAGCAACAACACAUCAGAGGCAGCAACAACACAUCAGAGGCAGCAACAACACAUCAGAGGCAGCAACAACACAUCAGAGGCAGCAACAACACAUCAGAGGCAGCAACAACACAUCAGAGGCAGCAACAACACAUCAGAGGCAGCAACAACACAUCAGAGGCAGCAACAACACAUCAGAGGCAGCAACAACACAUCAGAGGCAGCAACAACACAUCAGAGGCAGCAACAACACAUCAGAGGCAGCAACAACACAUCAGAGGCAGCAACAACACAUCAGAGGCAGCAACAACACAUCAGAGGCAGCAACAACACAUCAGAGGCAGCAACAACACAUCAGAGGCAGCAACAACACAUCAGAGGCAGCAACAACACAUCAGAGGCAGCAACAACACAUCAGAGGCAGCAACAACACAUCAGAGGCAGCAACAACACAUCAGAGGCAGCAACAACACAUCAGAGGCAGCAACAACACAUCAGAGGCAGCAACAACACAUCAGAGGCAGCAACAACACAUCAGAGGCAGCAACAACACAUCAGAGGCAGCAACAACACAUCAGAGGCAGCAACAACACAUCAGAGGCAGCAACAACACAUCAGAGGCAGCAACAACACAUCAGAGGCAGCAACAACACAUCAGAGGCAGCAACAACACAUCAGAGGCAGCAACAACACAUCAGAGGCAGCAACAACACAUCAGAGGCAGCAACAACACAUCAGAGGCAGCAACAACACAUCAGAGGCAGCAACAACACAUCAGAGGCAGCAACAACACAUCAGAGGCAGCAACAACACAUCAGAGGCAGCAACAACACAUCAGAGGCAGCAACAACACAUCAGAGGCAGCAACAACACAUCAGAGGCAGCAACAACACAUCAGAGGCAGCAACAACACAUCAGAGGCAGCAACAACACAUCAGAGGCAGCAACAACACAUCAGAGGCAGCAACAACACAUCAGAGGCAGCAACAACACAUCAGAGGCAGCAACAACACAUCAGAGGCAGCAACAACACAUCAGAGGCAGCAACAACACAUCAGAGGCAGCAACAACACAUCAGAGGCAGCAACAACACAUCAGAGGCAGCAACAACACAUCAGAGGCAGCAACAACACAUCAGAGGCAGCAACAACACAUCAGAGGCAGCAACAACACAUCAGAGGCAGCAACAACACAUCAGAGGCAGCAACAACACAUCAGAGGCAGCAACAACACAUCAGAGGCAGCAACAACACAUCAGAGGCAGCAACAACACAUCAGAGGCAGCAACAACACAUCAGAGGCAGCAACAACACAUCAGAGGCAGCAACAACACAUCAGAGGCAGCAACAACACAUCAGAGGCAGCAACAACACAUCAGAGGCAGCAACAACACAUCAGAGGCAGCAACAACACAUCAGAGGCAGCAACAACACAUCAGAGGCAGCAACAACACAUCAGAGGCAGCAACAACACAUCAGAGGCAGCAACAACACAUCAGAGGCAGCAACAACACAUCAGAGGCAGCAACAACACAUCAGAGGCAGCAACAACACAUCAGAGGCAGCAACAACACAUCAGAGGCAGCAACAACACAUCAGAGGCAGCAACAACACAUCAGAGGCAGCAACAACACAUCAGAGGCAGCAACAACACAUCAGAGGCAGCAACAACACAUCAGAGGCAGCAACAACACAUCAGAGGCAGCAACAACACAUCAGAGGCAGCAACAACACAUCAGAGGCAGCAACAACACAUCAGAGGCAGCAACAACACAUCAGAGGCAGCAACAACACAUCAGAGGCAGCAACAACACAUCAGAGGCAGCAACAACACAUCAGAGGCAGCAACAACACAUCAGAGGCAGCAACAACACAUCAGAGGCAGCAACAACACAUCAGAGGCAGCAACAACACAUCAGAGGCAGCAACAACACAUCAGAGGCAGCAACAACACAUCAGAGGCAGCAACAACACAUCAGAGGCAGCAACAACACAUCAGAGGCAGCAACAACACAUCAGAGGCAGCAACAACACAUCAGAGGCAGCAACAACACAUCAGAGGCAGCAACAACACAUCAGAGGCAGCAACAACACAUCAGAGGCAGCAACAACACAUCAGAGGCAGCAACAACACAUCAGAGGCAGCAACAACACAUCAGAGGCAGCAACAACACAUCAGAGGCAGCAACAACACAUCAGAGGCAGCAACAACACAUCAGAGGCAGCAACAACACAUCAGAGGCAGCAACAACACAUCAGAGGCAGCAACAACACAUCAGAGGCAGCAACAACACAUCAGAGGCAGCAACAACACAUCAGAGGCAGCAACAACACAUCAGAGGCAGCAACAACACAUCAGAGGCAGCAACAACACAUCAGAGGCAGCAACAACACAUCAGAGGCAGCAACAACACAUCAGAGGCAGCAACAACACAUCAGAGGCAGCAACAACACAUCAGAGGCAGCAACAACACAUCAGAGGCAGCAACAACACAUCAGAGGCAGCAACAACACAUCAGAGGCAGCAACAACACAUCAGAGGCAGCAACAACACAUCAGAGGCAGCAACAACACAUCAGAGGCAGCAACAACACAUCAGAGGCAGCAACAACACAUCAGAGGCAGCAACAACACAUCAGAGGCAGCAACAACACAUCAGAGGCAGCAACAACACAUCAGAGGCAGCAACAACACAUCAGAGGCAGCAACAACACAUCAGAGGCAGCAACAACACAUCAGAGGCAGCAACAACACAUCAGAGGCAGCAACAACACAUCAGAGGCAGCAACAACACAUCAGAGGCAGCAACAACACAUCAGAGGCAGCAACAACACAUCAGAGGCAGCAACAACACAUCAGAGGCAGCAACAACACAUCAGAGGCAGCAACAACACAUCAGAGGCCAGCAGCAACACAUCAGAGGCAGCAACAACACAUCAGAGGCAGCAACAACACAUCAGAGGCAGCAACAACACAUCAGAGGCAGCAACAACACAUCAGAGGCAGCAACAACACAUCAGAGGCAGCAACAACACAUCAGAGGCAGCAACAACACAUCAGAGGCAGCAACAACACAUCAGAGGCAGCAACAACACAUCAGAGGCAGCAACAACACAUCAGAGGCAGCAACAACACAUCAGAGGCAGCAACAACACAUCAGAGGCAGCAACAACACAUCAGAGGCAGCAACAACACAUCAGAGGCAGCAACAACACAUCAGAGGCAGCAACAACACAUCAGAGGCAGCAACAACACAUCAGAGGCAGCAACAACACAUCAGAGGCAGCAACAACACAUCAGAGGCAGCAACAACACAUCAGAGGCAGCAACAACACAUCAGAGGCAGCAACAACACAUCAGAGGCAGCAACAACACAUCAGAGGCAGCAACAACACAUCAGAGGCAGCAACAACACAUCAGAGGCAGCAACAACACAUCAGAGGCAGCAACAACACAUCAGAGGCAGCAACAACACAUCAGAGGCAGCAACAACACAUCAGAGGCAGCAACAACACAUCAGAGGCAGCAACAACACAUCAGAGGCAGCAACAACACAUCAGAGGCAGCAACAACACAUCAGAGGCAGCAACAACACAUCAGAGGCAGCAACAACACAUCAGAGGCAGCAACAACACAUCAGAGGCAGCAACAACACAUCAGAGGCAGCAACAACACAUCAGAGGCAGCAACAACACAUCAGAGGCAGCAACAACACAUCAGAGGCAGCAACAACACAUCAGAGGCAGCAACAACACAUCAGAGGCAGCAACAACACAUCAGAGGCAGCAACAACACAUCAGAGGCAGCAACAACACAUCAGAGGCAGCAACAACACAUCAGAGGCAGCAACAACACAUCAGAGGCAGCAACAACACAUCAGAGGCAGCAACAACACAUCAGAGGCAGCAACAACACAUCAGAGGCAGCAACAACACAUCAGAGGCAGCAACAACACAUCAGAGGCAGCAACAACACAUCAGAGGCAGCAACAACACAUCAGAGGCAGCAACAACACAUCAGAGGCAGCAACAACACAUCAGAGGCAGCAACAACACAUCAGAGGCAGCAACAACACAUCAGAGGCAGCAACAACACAUCAGAGGCAGCAACAACACAUCAGAGGCAGCAACAACACAUCAGAGGCAGCAACAACACAUCAGAGGCAGCAACAACACAUCAGAGGCAGCAACAACACAUCAGAGGCAGCAACAACACAUCAGAGGCAGCAACAACACAUCAGAGGCAGCAACAACACAUCAGAGGCAGCAACAACACAUCAGAGGCAGCAACAACACAUCAGAGGCAGCAACAACACAUCAGAGGCAGCAACAACACAUCAGAGGCAGCAACAACACAUCAGAGGCAGCAACAACACAUCAGAGGCAGCAACAACACAUCAGAGGCAGCAACAACACAUCAGAGGCAGCAACAACACAUCAGAGGCAGCAACAACACAUCAGAGGCCAGCAAGGGUGGUUCUCAACAUGCCAUGUGCUACCAUUCCAUCGCCACUCCUAUGA